GGGAUCGGCAAUCAAAGACCCGCUAGCUUUCAAUUUGUCACCCUAGGUGCAAUUUCGAUUUCCAUUUCGUCUCUGAUCUCUAAGGAUAAUUCACAUUAUUGUUUAUUCUUUUGUCGCGUUGGGAUUUUGUUUUCCAUAAGUUAUGCUUAUGCCCAUGGUUGGAGAUGGACGAAUUUGUGUUUUUGCACCAGAACAAAAGCAUUAUUAUCAUUAGUAUAUGGCCAAUCACAACAAAGAUUCGACCUUUCUUGGGCCGAAUCCACACAUUGAGAUGGGAUCAUUAGAUGGAAGAGCUGUACUUGAGCUCCAGGAUGAGAGCCUUGUCAGCCCAAGGCGUGUUAACAUGAAGCCAGCAUCUCUGGAUGCUUCUCCUCAUAGAUCGUACUUUUAUACAAAUUCUGAUGACCUCAGCUGUAAUUCUGUUCUGAAUGGGGUGUUAUCCAGCAUUAAACUCGUGUUCUUAUCCAAAAAGCUGAACAUUCUUAUACCUUGUGGUCCUCUGGCCGUUCUUGUUGAUAGGUUUUCUGAUCACCAUGGGUGGAUCUUCUUUCUAAGUUUGUUAGGCAUCAUACCACUUGCAGAGCGUUUAGGUUGGGCGACAGAGCAGAUGGCUUUCUAUACUGGUCCUACAGUUGGAGGCCUUUUAAUUGCCACCUUUGGUAAUGCUACGGAAUUAAUAAUAUCAAUGUAUGCACUAAAUAAUGGGAUGAUGCGAGUUGUUCAGCAGUCACUUCUGGGAUCAAUAUUGUCAAACAUGUUACUGGUGCUCGGAUGUGCAUUUUUUGCUGGUGGAAUUGUUUACUCUAACAAAGAGCAGGUUUUCAACAAGGGAACUGCAGUUAUGAAUUCUGGGCUGCUUUUGAUGGCUGUAAUGGGGCUGAUGUUACCUGCUGUCCUCCAUUUUACCCACACUGAACUGCACUUUGGAAAAUCAGAGGUGGCCCUUUCCAGGUUUAGUAGCUGUGUGAUGCUUGUAGCAUAUGCCGCCUAUCUUUUCUUCCAACUUACAAGCGAAAAGAGUCACUAUGCGCCAAUUACAGAGGAAGGGAGUCAAAAUGACGGUGGCCUAGAUGAUGAUGACGAAGCUCCCGAGAUAUCAAUGUGGUCGUCAAUCAUAUGGCUUUCUAUUUUGACAGCGUGGAUAGCUCUUCUCUCUGAAUACCUGGUUAAUGCCAUUGAGGGAGCAUCUGUGGCAAUGAACAUUCCGGUGUCAUUUAUAAGUGUGAUUCUACUCCCAAUUGUUGGCAAUGCAGCAGAGCAUGCUGGUGCUGUCAUGUUUGCUGUGAAAGACAAGCUUGACAUCUCUUUGGGAGUAGCAAUUGGAUCUUCUACGCAGAUAGCCAUGUUUGGUAUCCCUUUCUGCGUGGUUGUUGGGUGGAUAAUGGGGCGUCCAAUGAACCUGGACUUUCAACUUUUUGAAACGGCCACCCUGUUUAUGAGUGUCAUAGUGGUAGCCUUCAUGCUGCAGGAAGGAACAUCAAACUACUUUAAAGGGUUGAUGCUUCUGCUAUGCUACCUAAUAGUGGCUGCAAGUUUCUAUGUACACAUGGAUCCCAAGUCUAUACAAUACAAGCCAAGCGGGACAUAAUCAUACCAGGGAUGCUAAAUUUGAGGAGUUUUUUUUGGGGUGCUGCCCAGGUUGCUGUGAAGCUCAUCUUUUUUGUUGCUUUGCCAUGUACAGAUGGAGAAAAUCUAUAUAUAUAGCUGGAUGUAUAGUUUAUUUCCCUUUUUGGAAAUUUUGUUCAACACCAGGCAUCAAGUUCCAACUAAAAACAAGAUGUUUUCAUAAAGUUUGGAUUUUGUU